AUGGCUCCCAACAUGAAGUCAACCAAGAAAUUACUCAUUUUCUUAGGGAAAUCAGUAUUUAGUCUUCUGGAGACUGCGAUUUUCACCUUAAUCCCAAAGCCAAGGAAGGAUGUUGCUGGUGAAAUCAUACUCAUAACUGGUGCUGGGAGUGGACUCGGAAGGCUCUUAGCCUUUCAGUUUGCCCGCCUUGGAGCUGUGCUUGUUCUCUGGGACAUCAACACGGAGGGGAAUGAGGAGACGUGCAAGAUGGCUCAGGACGCUGGAGCCACAAGAGCCUAUGCCUACACCUGUGACUGCAGUAGAAAGGAAGAGGUGUAUCGAGUAGCCGACCAGGUUAAAAAAGAAGUUGGAGACGUUUCCAUCCUAAUCAACAAUGCUGGCAUCGUAACAGGCAAAAGCUUCCUCAACUGCCCAGAUGAGCUUAUGGAAAAGUCCUUUGAUGUGAAUUUCAAAGCGCAUUUGUGGACUCAUAAAGCCUUUCUACCGGCCAUGAUCGCUAAUGCCCAUGGACACUUGGUCUGCAUUGCAAGUUCAGCUGGAUUAGUUGGAAUAAGCGGGCUGGCAGAUUACUGUGCAAGUAAAUUUGCAGCCGUUGGAUUUGCUGAAUCUGUUUUAAUGGAACUAUUUGCCCAGAAAAUAAAGGGGAUCAAGACCACAAUUGUGUGCCCAUUUUUUAUUAAAACUGGAAUGUUUGAAGGUUGUACUACUGGCUGUCCUUCUCUAUUACCGAUUUUGGAACCAGAUUAUGUAGUCAGAAAGAUAGUAGAUGCUAUCCUGCAAGAAAAAGUGUACUUGUAUAUACCAAGAUUUUUAUACAUCCUGAUGUUUUUAAAAAGUUUCCUGCCCAUCAAUUUGAGACUGCUCAUAACUGAAUUUAUAGGCGCCUUCAAUUUUAUGGAUCACUUCGUUGGAAAGAAAAAAAACUAA